AUGCCAUUCAAGGAAGGGGUGAAACGGAUGUUCCAAAGAUUUCGGUCGACUGACCAGGAUAUAGAGGGGACGUCUUCGAGAGAGGCUCGCCGCCCACCCAAGGCCACUUGCAGGUCGGCGGAGUACGACCCCUACGACCCACAGAACAUGAAACUAGUUAGAACAAUAGGCACGGGCUCCUACGGUCGAGUUUUCUGGGCACGGAUCAAAGGGCCAGAUGGCGACCUGACAGCUGAAACGGUCGCGGUCAAACGACUGACCAAGAGCUCGCUAAUCAAACAGAAGCAAGUUAACCAUAUCAGACAAGAAAAGUCGAUUCUGGCUCAACUCCAACACCCGAUGGUCGUGCGAUUGCUGAACACAUUUCAGGAUGAGUGUUAUCUGUAUAUCGUAUUGGAAUUUGUACCAGGUGGUGAGUUCUUUACAUACUUGCGGAAGGUUAAGCGUCUUCUUCCGGAUGCAGCGCGAUUUUAUGCGGCUUGUGUCGCCAGUUUAUUCGAGUACAUGCAUUCACUAGAUAUAUUGUAUCGAGAUUUGAAGCCUGAGAACUUACUGUUGGAUACGGAUGGUUAUAUUAAGAUGACGGACUUUGGGUUCGCUAAACAUGUACCGGAGCGUACAUAUACUCUGUGUGGGACACCUGAAUAUGUGGCACCGGAAGUACUUUUGAAUAAGGGUCAUGGUAAGAGUGUGGAUUGGUGGACUUUGGGUAUACUUAUUUACGAGAUGAUUGCCGGAUAUACUCCAUACACGGAUGACGAUGUUAUGCAAAUAUACCAAAGGAUACUGGCUGGAAAGAUCCUUUUCCCUAAAGGGUUCGAUCCGGAUGCUAAAAGCCUCGUUAAACAUCUUCUACAGCACGAUCUUUCCAAACGAUAUGGGACACUCAGAGAAGGAGCUGAAUCUAUUAAGAAGCACCGGUUCAUCUCACCUAUUGAUUUCGAUGACCUGUAUAACAGAGAACUUGAAGCACCCUACGUACCUGUCGUCGUACCUGCCAGUGCGGACAAUUUCAACACGUACUCAGAAAGCAAUGAGAAACCCAUACCCAUACAACGGCACGAAGACCCUUUUCUUGACUGGUAA